AUCAUCGGGAACUAUAAAUGCAUGUACAGGGACUCUGCCGCUGCGCACUUGUGUUUCGCUUCUUCUGUCAUGCCCAUUACUUCUCGAAUCUCGGGAGGUGACGUUGCGGCCGUGUCUUUGCGUGUGCGUGUGUGUGUUUAUUCACACCUACCUCCUCAGUCGCCAUGAAGCUCUCACCCGGCAAGUUGGCGACGGCGCUGCCGGCGCUGUUGCUCGCCACCACUGUGUCCGCCGUAUCGUUCCACCGCAGUGGCAUGGAGGUUGGUCCCGUCGAAGAGAAUGAGACACUUUCGUCUGUAGCCCGCCGUGCAGAGGGCCCGGUCAACGGCUGGGGCGAGUUCGACCAGCUCAUCGACCACGCCAACCCCCAGCUUGGCACCUUCAAGCAGCGGUACUGGUACGGCACCCAGUACUGGAACGGAACAGGCUCACCAAUCAUCAUCACCAACCCUGGGGAGCAGUCUGCCACUGGCUUCAACGUCACAUACACCACGAAGCGUCGUCUCUCCGGGCUCAUGGCCGAGAAGAUAGGAGCCGCCGUCAUCGUGAUUGAGCACCGCUACUGGGGCGAGAGCACGCCCUACAAGGAGCUGACGAGCGAGAACCUCCAGUACCUCACGCUCAACAACUCCAUUCACGACAUGAUCUACUUUGUCAACAACUUCAAGGCACCCUUCGACGACGCCGAGGGCGCCACUAGCCCCGACCGCGUGCCGUGGAUCUACACCGGUGGCUCUUACUCCGGCGCCCUGGCCGGGUGGAUUGCAUCCAAGGCGCCCGGCACCUUCUGGGCGAUCCACGGCUCCUCGGGUGUCGUCGAGGCCGUGCGCGACAUGUGGACUAUGUUCACACCCGUCCAGGAGGCCAUGCCGCGCAACUGCAGCCGCGACGUGUCGGCAGCCAUCGACUACAUGGACGGCCUCUUCAAGAACGGCAGCCGGUCCGACGUUCAAAAGCUCAAGGCCAAGUUCAUGCUCGACAGCCUGAGCGACGCCGACUUUGGCCAGGCCAUCGAGAACGGCCCUUGGCUUUGGCAGUCGACCCAGUUCUACUCGGCCAACACCGCCCUCGGCGGCGUUGGCUACAACCAGUUCCACCGCUUCUGCGACUACGUCGAGGGCGUGCCCCCGAACUCGACCGCUGCCGUUCCGGGCGAGGAGGGAGUGGGCUUUGUCAAGGCCAUAGAGGGCUACGCCAAGUGGUUCACCGAGUUCUUGCUUCCCGGCCAGUGCGAGAGCUAUGGCUACCCGGAGUGGCAGGGCGAGUACAACACUGGCUGCUUCCAGAACCAGAACGCGUCCAACCCGCAGUACAGCGAUCUGAGCUACAACAACACCGUCAACCGCCAGUGGAACUGGAUGUUGUGCAACGAGCCUUUCGGCUGGUGGCAAAACGGCGCCCCUGCGGGCCGCCCCUCGAUCGUCUCCCGCUUCGUCAACAACAAGUACUGGACCGACCAGUGCGAGCUCUGGUUCCCCGGCGGCGCGUACGGCUUCGCCCAGGGCAAGACCGAGACGGAACUGAACGCGUGGACGGGCGGGUGGUCCGAACUCGACAUCCCACGCCUCAUGUACGCCAACGGGCAGUACGACCCGUGGCGCGAGGUCACGGUCAGCUCGUCGGUGCGUCCCGGCGGUCCGAUGCAGAGCAGCGCCGACGCCAACAACGGCACCCAGGUGCGCGUCCUGGCCGGCGGCACGCACUGUUCCGACCUGUACGGGCCAAACUGGGAGGCCAACGAGGGAGCCAAGAAGAUUGCUGACGAUCAGACGGCCCAGAUGGCCGAGUGGGUCGACGAGUUUUAUGCGGCCAAGGGACUGACGAGGUGAAGCAGUCGAGAAGGACUGUAUUGAAUAGUAUAUAUACUCAGGUUACCUGGUGAAAAGGGUCAACUGAGAAAAGUAGAAUAAUAUUAACGAAAUUCGAA